GUUUAGCAUGAUAGAAAGUUCUUAUUUGUUGCAGUGAGCUUUGAAGGAAUUCAUAUUUAAUUCGGAUCCAUUUUUUUCUUCAUUUGUUUUCACACUCAGAUCAGUGAUGCUAGACUUCACAUGAACUGAAGAUUUUAAAAUAAAUUUUAUAAGUGGAUGUGAAGUGUUAUUCAUAUUGUUUGAGGAGACAAUCACGUUUUGUGUUUGGACUUUCAGCCUUGGAUCUCUGUGUCAAGGAUCUGGGUUUGUUUUCUGUUACCAGUAAGUGGUUACUGCCGGGCUGUGUAUUGACUUUUCCAGCAAGAGGAUAAAGGAAUUUUAACAGAGUUGGAUGAUAAAGAUUCCAUCAUGGAGUUUUGGCAAAUAGCAGCCAUAUUCAUGGCGCUGUAUCAAUAUCAGUCAAGUGGCCUUUUAACGGUGUCACCGUUUUUCUUCCUCUGUAAUUACCAUGGAAACGUGCAGGAGUUUGGUGUUGAGAGGGGCGAGGUUGCAAUCAGUGUGACAGUGGAAGGAAACCCACAUUACUAUGUACCUGGACAGUUUUAUCAAGUGACCGUGUCGUCCAGCAUGAACUUUGAUGGCUUCCUGUUGACUGGACUCUACACACUGACCACGGACAUCCAAUCCAGGAUGAUGGGUGGGCGGAGCUUCUUUGGCUCACAGCCAAUGGGAACAAACCUGAUGUGUUCCAUCGUCCACUCCCAUGUCAGCCGUCAGCCGGUUCACGAGUUGGCCUUCAUGUGGAUGGCGCCAUCGGAGGGCACUGGCUGCGUCAGCUUUUUAGCGACGGCGACCCUGGGGCACCAGCUGCUUUUCAAGGACACCACCGUGUUCCAGAUGUGUGAGGAGGGAGCUGCCACCACCUCGCCACUCCGACCAGAACUUGCUCAGAUCCACUCCGACUCAGUGAUCCUCCGAGACGACUUUGACUCCCAGCCGGGCUUCAGGAGUGACCUCUGGCAGGCUACGGAGGGAGGCACGGUGGGUGAUGGGUGUGGUCCUGUCAUGUUUGACAAGGCUGCCGUGUUCUGCAAGAGAGAAGGCAUCAGACAAAUGACUACAGUGCCCCUCAACAUGACUACAGCUCGAGUUGUCCAGUUUGCAUUGUCGGCUGGAACUUGUGGCCGCAGCGAUAGUGAGGACCGUGACAUCAUUGUGAUGUUUGGGACGCAUGGCUGCACACAGUGGGAGGAGAUAGAGAGGCUCAGACCUCCAACCAGCAGCGAGGCAGAGAUUCACCUGGUGACUUUACCUGUAGAAGGCAGAAGAGAGGGCAUCUGUCUGAGGUGGAUUCAGACCCCCUACCCAACCAUCUCACCUGCCCCUCCCCCAACCACACCUUACCACCCUACAAUACCGCCUCACCAUGACACCACAUCCGAGUCCCGGACCAACCCAGUGCACUUCCCCGAGAGAGCCCAUGAUGAGUCCCUCCACACCGAGGCUGAGGAAGAGACCACACUGCCAUUUGUCCACUCCACAGUGGCUAGUUCCUCUGCAGCAACAACACAUACUGACACUACUAGCCUGCAUACGGAGGUCAUAUCUACAGUUCUGUCUACAGACCCCCCUACAACCCAUCCUCCAACCCACACUACCACUGAACCAUCCACCCACUCCUCCUCCACCCAUUCAACAACCCUCCCUACCACCCAACCAACCACCCAACCAACCACACAACCAACCACACAACCAACCACACAACCUACGUCGCCUUCAAUCACCCAUCCACCAUCCCAUCCUACCACUCACCCCUCCACCCAUCCAACAACCCAUCCUACCACCCUACCCACAACCCAGCCGAUGACCUACCCCUCCCCCACUGCCACUUAUGCCCCAUUGCCCCUCAGACCCUCCCAAGAUGAACCCUCACGUUUCACCAAGCACAGAAAGGGAUCCAGACCUCGACAACAAGAUGCUUCUCGGUUUGUGAAGAAGGGUCUGUUCCGAACAAGGCGCCAUCGCCGUGAGUUGCGAGCGCUCACGUCCAACACGUUCAAGAGUUGCUGGGCUAUAGAUAAUGUGGUAGUUGUCAAUGUAGCUCACCCUCCCACACAGCUGCACGAGACCUUUGACCCCGUGGACCCAGGCAACUUGAUGUUCUUCCCAGGAGGAAAUAUACGGCAAACCUGCCAGUCAGACAGCAACACGAUGACCUUCAUUGAACCUAAUCAGACACUGAACUACAUGGUGACCCGCGACCUUGACCUUGAACCUGAUGUCAGCCCGAGCAGUCUCCUUUAUGAACAGUUUGAAUUGGGAGUAGAUUCAGACUGGGAGGUUGUAGGUGGCGCUGCCAACGUGCUGUGCGGCAUUGUGGACGAGCUGAAUGCCCUGGUGAUGUUUGAGACAGGGAAGCGGCAGGUCUGCACCGACUACAUGGACGUAACAGCUGCUGGGAACCUCCGAUUUGUCUUCGGGAUAGGUGUGGGAGGGUGCCACUCGUCAGACAAGCCGGCCAGCUUUGUGCAGGUGUACGUGGAAGACCGCAGCGGCAACACAUUCUUCAUCGACAAACUCAAGCCAGAGGACUACAGGCAUGCAAGGCUGGUGUCCCUUCCACUGACGUCGGUGGCGCAUGUGUCGGAAGCGAGGAUCUGCUGGCUACAGAAGUACAACACGGGGCCGUAUCGGGACAUCUGGGUGUUAGAUGGCAUCACCGUGCUGCCAUACAUGCCUGCCACGACAGACGCUGUGGUCCAGUUCAGUAUCAACAUGGAGUGUGGGUUGAACUUACAACAAAACAGUAUCAGCCUGGAGUACAGCACUGAUCACGGAGACACAUGGCACACCCUCCACGAGCCAUGUCUGUCCGGCCAUUGUGAUGGUGCCUACCAGCCACUCUCCUCCACCGUUCACACCCAGGACCACAGCCAGUGGACCCGCUUCACGUUCCCCAUCCCAUACAAGGCACUGAUGCCAUACACAAGGUUCCGCUGGCGGCAGGUGGAUGAGUCUGGGGCCCCCAACUGGGCGGUAGAUGAUGUGUUCAUUGGCAGUUGUCCUGAGGGCUGCAACAACCAUGGCACUUGUGGGCUGGAACAAUGCAGCUGCGACUUCGGCUACAAUGGCGCCACUUGCAAGGAUUCUGUGGUCCCCAGUCCCUCGUCUUUUAUGGAGAGUUUUGAAGACCCCAUAGUAGUGACAUCAUCCAUGUUGUUUACCAUCCAUGGGGCGAGUGUCACCUUUGACUGUGGUGUCAUCUCGGCAGGAAAGUCCCUUGUAUUCAGUGGAAAUGGACCCAGAGUGUUCCUCACAACAGACUUCAAUACAACAGAUGCACAAUACCUCCAGUACUCCGUGCGCGUGGGGAGUCUGUCCACGACCUCGGACUGCCCUCCACCAGAUGACCCCACCGAGGCCGUCUACCUCGAGUAUUCCUGCAAUGGUGGCAUCUCUUGGCACUUCCUGCGAGAGUUCUCCAUCAAGGACUACCAAUCGCCACGAGGAGAUGCUGUAUAUCUUCCCAGUGCUGCUCGUGACUCGUCAUGUAGAUUCCAGUGGCGUCAGCCGAACCACUCCGGUCGUGGCCAUGAUGUGUGGGCGAUCGAUGAAGUCAGUCUGGCUAAAGAACUCUCCAACACACUGAGUAUUGAGGCGGCAGAUAUGAAAGAUAUGGAUGAGGAACUGACCACAAACCUUGGCCAACUCGUAGACAGUUACUGUGGGGCCCCCAAGAGUAUUAAUUUUGCAGGAAACGAGAAGAAUGGACAAGACCGAUUCCUAAUGACAGACACGAUGCAGAUCGGUCCAUCCUAUAUGGUUCAGUUUGACCUGGUGAUGGGGUGUCACACGGCAUACACGAAGGACAUCGACAACCGCCUGUACCUGGAGUACUCCGUCGAUCAUGGUACCAGCUGGUACCUGGUGCAGGAGCCGUGCCUGCCGCCGAUGUUGUGUGACGAGUACCAUGCAGGGACGUUGUACGACUCCUCACAAUUUACCGAGUGGACACGAACAACGGUCUUGCUGCCGGAAGACACAUGGUCACCAGGAACCAAGAUCCGAUGGCGCCAGUCCAACUGGAGCCCCACUGACUCCUGGGCCAUCAAGCGGAUAUACAUCGGUCAGCAGUGUCCGUUCAUGUGUCACGGACACGGCAAGUGUAAUGAAGGGGUGUGCAAAUGUGAUGCAGGGUUUACGGGAGACAGCUGCCAACCGAGUACCGGCAUGGACACUGACAUGCAUGCUGACUUCGGUAUGAGAUACGAGCCCGAGGAAGACUUCCACCGUAUCACCGGCGGUGAUGUUGUGCGCAGCAACCAAGGAUGUGGACCAAUACUAUCGGGAGAGUCAAUAUACUUCUUCAAGGAUGGUGUUCGCGAGCUGCAGACGAAAGACCUGGACACGACGGAUGAUGACUACAUCCAGUUCUACAUCCGUCUGGGUGGGGAGGACGAGGACUGUCAUGGAGCUGAUGCUCGAUCUGAGUCUGUCCUGCUGCAGUUCUCUGUGGACGGAGGCAUCACCUGGAAGCUGCUGGAGGAGAUCCACCACCGGGAAUACCAGCGGCCCCGGUUUGUGCACAUUGACCUGCCUACAGAGGCCCAGAACCCCAGCACUCGAUUCCGUUGGUGGCAGCCAUCCCACUCAGGUCAAGGUCAAGAUCAGUGGGCAGUUGAUGAAAUUAUCAUCGGUCAUUAUGAACGCAGGAGGUUCAUUGAAGAUGAUUUUGAGAGACACCCUGAUCCCCUGGAAUCUGGCAACUGGCUGACAGUGACGGAGGGCGUGGUUGGGAAAUACUGUCAGCAGACCAACCCAGGUCUGGUCCUUGGCAACCAACCCAACGACAAGAUUGUCAUCACCAAAGAUCUGGCGCUAAAACCGAAUGAUGUCAUACAGUUCCGGAUCAACGUGGGGUGUGGUAAGAUCUUCCGAUGGGACCACCCCGUAUACCUGCAGUACAGCCAUGAUGGAGGACGGACAUGGCAGUUGGUGACGGAGCCAUGCUACCAGGAGCAGGACUGUGAUGGCCGCCAUGUUGAGGGCAGCAUCUACUACACCGGCACACAUGGAGAGUGGAGUCUCGUCGUCAUCCCUGUCAAGACCGAUGUUGCCAUGCACCCAGUGAUAUUCCGAUGGUAUCAGCCAGGUGGUAUGGCUCACAGCUUCAGCAUUGACGACGUCUACAUCGGCCCUCCCUGUCCGCAACAUUGCCUACGCCAUGGCCUGUGUCACCGGGCCACCUGUGACUGCUUCGAUGGAACAUCAGGUCCUGGUUGUCAGGCCGACGAGCCAAGUCCAUCUGGAAUGCUGGACAGGUUCGACAACAGGAACCAACCUACGGCCUACUGGCAGAAGAUCAUGGGCGGGUACCUGGGUCGCGGGUGUGGCGUGGUGGAAUAUGGUAACUCCUUGUACUUCAAUGGGGAGGGAACCAGGGAGGCUGUCACAGACCCCCUCGAUACAACCGGUCUCAGGAUGCUACAGUUUGUGCUGAAGAUAGGGAGCCCACAAAACAGUUUUGGGUGUCGCCAGCCGGAGAACCGUAAUGAGGGCAUCGUGGUGGACUACUCGACAGACAACCAGAUCACCUGGAACAUCCUGAAGGUGAUCGAGCCCCAGCUGUACAACUCCACCACACAGGUGGUGGUGGUGGAACUCCCCGCGGGCGCCAAGACCAACCACACCACCUUUAGGUGGUGGCAGCCACUCGGACACGGAGGUGUCCCUCGUGCUCAGUGGGCUCUGGACAGCGUCCUCAUUGGCAUCAACGACACCAGCACAUUCGGUUUCCAAGACGACUUCAGCUCCAUGAUGCCAGACCCCCACAACUGGUUCAUCGCUGACAGCGCCGUGCCCAGGAUCGCCUGCAACUCCCAGGGCAAUGCCCUCGAGUUCAGCACAAAUAAUGGCCUCAGGUUUGCUGAAACGUGGGACUAUCACGCGACCCCUUCCACGUUCCUUCAGUUUGACAUCGCGAUGGGCUGUGGGUCACUGUACGGGACGCUCUACAACGUCAUGCUGGAAUACUCUGUCAACAUGGGCAAAACCUGGCACCCCGUGGUGUCAGAAUGUAAACCCCCCAACUUCGAGUGUAGCGGCUACCAUCUGAGCAGCGAGUAUUCCUCUGACCAACACAUGAACUGGACAAGAGUGACCGUGUAUCUGCCGCCAGGAGCAGUGUCCUCAGCGACCAGGUUCCGAUGGCUGCAGCACACGUCCAACCCGCGGGGCAUGGUGUGGGCGCUGGACAACGUAUACCUGGGCAGCGGCUGCCCAUGGCUGUGUUCCGGCCAUGGCUACUGCAAUAAGGGGCUCUGUGUGUGUGAUGCUGGCUUCUCUGAACCCUUCUGUGUACCAACCAAGCCGUUACCCAUGAUGCUCCGUGAUGACUUCAACACGGACACUGUUGAUCAGUCCAAGUGGAGGGAGGUCUAUGGUGGGGAGAACACAGAUGUCUGUGGGAACAUCGUCAGCGAUAAUGCACUGACAUUCCAUAAGGGUCAACUGAGAAUGGCUGUAACGAGAGAUAUUGAUACGUCCAUGCUCACCACUGCAGAAUUCUACUUCCAAUAUGGCUGCCAAGGCAAGUCGUUUGAUUGGCCAAGGACACACAGUGUUCUGCUACAGUAUUCCACCAAUGGUGGCAUCACCUGGAAACUCCUGAAGGAACUACAUUACCGCAAUACAACUGGUGUCAGUUACUUCACCAUAUCACUUCCGAUGGAUGCCAAGAUGAAUGCAACCAGGUUUAGGUUUUGGCAGCCGGAGAAUGCAGGUGAGAUGCAGGAGACAUGGUCGGUGGACAACCUGUUCAUUGGCACAAUGCCCAUGAACCCAGGCUCCCUGUAUGAGGACUUCGACAGUGGCCAAGCUGACCAAGAGGGCUGGAUGUUUAUAAACAAUGGACGUGUUGGGGAAUAUUGUCAGUUCAAUAAGGGGACAGAUACAUCAACAUCGGGUGACUCCGCCCUUGUGUUCCGGAGGUCGACUGGGGGAGAGUUAUCUGCUGUUACCCGUGACCUUGACGUUGGACCUAUGUCAGUUCUACAGUUUGAUAUUAAUGUCGGCUGUGGUUCUGAGGCCACCAACAAGUACCCAGUCAGGCUGCAGUACUCUGCCGAUCGAGGCAAAACGUGGGCCCCUGUUGUACCCAACUGUGCCGAGGUGUCAAGUGUCCGAUGUUUCGACAGCACAUUACCACAGACGGUUUACUAUGGCGGUACAUCACCAAACUGGCGGCGAAUUGUGGUGCCGCUCGAUAACCUUCUUGUGUGUGGGGCAAUGAGAUUCCGCUGGUACCAGGGGGCAGUGCCCGAAUACGACUUUGCGCCCGAGUGGGCGAUAGACAACGUUUACAUCGGCAUGGCCUGCAUCGACCACUGUAACGGGCAUGGGUUCUGCGUGAACGGCAUGGUGUGCAUGUGUGACGAGGGCUACUCGGGGGAGAGGUGUGUGGUGGACGGACACAAACCCACGUAUCUGAAGGAGGACUUCAACCCGCCCAGUGUCUUCUCCCUGCUGCCCCUGAGAGGGGACGUGUCUCAGUCCACUGUCCUGGAUGCCAGCCAACAACUGGACAGGGAGAGGUGGUCAGCGUGGAGCGGAGGCAGACCCUCAGACCAGUGUGGGAGUCUCUUCACAGAACCCAGUCUGCACUAUGGUAACACCGGUGACAGGGUGCUUGUUACCACGGAGAUGGAUCUCUCCCGAGUUAGCACCAUGCAGUUCUACCUGAAGCUGGGCUGCUACCAAGGGGUCCAGCCCACCUUACCAGUCUUCCUCCAGUAUUCCGUCAACGGCGGCAUCAACUGGGUCACCAUCGAACAGUUUGACUUCAACGACCAAAGCAACAGUCCACAGUAUGUUGCCCUACCCCUUCCCAACACAGCACGCUCCAACUCCACCUUGCUGCGAUGGUGGCAGCCAUCACUAGAUGGGACAUAUGCUGAAGAUUGGGCCAUUGACCAGGUCUACAUCGGUGGUGACAUCUAUGGGGAGGAUGUUCUGCAGGAUGAGCCUGGUGCCCCUCGGGACUCCACGUGGCUGAUGUAUCCUGGUGGGGAUGUGGAGAAGGUGUGCGGCUCUUUGGCUGAAGCCAUGCACUUCAAUGGACUUGAGAACAUGCGGUACGCCAUCUCUGCCGACGUUGAUGUCAGAGAGGGGAGCUUCGUGCAGUUUGAUGUUGCCAUGGGGUGUGAGCCAACGGAAGAGAACUGUUAUCACAUGGACCUGGAGUUCUCUCUGGACAUGGGCAAGACGUGGAGUCUCCUGCAGCGAGCAUGUGUUCCCUCCGACGUCGACUGCAGCUCCUACUUCAUCAGCUCCCAGUACCAGUCGGACAUGUACGCCGGCUGGAACAGAGUCACCAUACCUCUGCCGUACUACACCAGGUCUAAAUCAACACGAUUUCGAUGGCAGCAGCCAAGGGGUUUCAUUCCAAGUCAGUCCUGGGCGCUGGCCCACUUGUACAUUGGUGGGGAGUGCAGGUCCAUGUGUAGCGGUCACGGUCGGUGCUUUGAAGGCAGCUGUGUUUGUGAUGAGGGAUGGACUGACGCAGAUUGCCGAACUCCGAUCACUCCCCUCCCUGGUGGACUGGUGGACGACUUCACUGUUGCAGCAGACGACACUAACUGGGUUAAACUGGUUGGAGGGGAAGUGGCACGUCCUUGUAAGACUCUAGCCAAUGGGAAGGCUCUUCACUUCACUGGGAGUUGCAGCCGAGCUCUCAUCACUCGUGACCUUGACCUCUCUGAUGCAAAAUUCAUCCAGUUCUACUUCCUGUUUGGCUGUAACUCUCUGCCUGUGAACCGUGACCAGAGCGUUCUGGUCGACUUCUCUGCUGACGGUGGCAUUAGCUGGAUCCCAGUCACGGAGCUAUACUACAACCUGUACAGACAACCAACAUUCAUCAGCGUUCGCCUCCCCCCUGGGUCAAAGAAGCCGGGCGUGAGAGUCAGAUGGUGGCAGCCCCAGCAUGGUGGCCAUAUGCUGGGAGACUGGGUCAUUGACAGCAUCCGCAUCAACGGCCAGGAAGACAACCCCACCAUCCUCCACAUCAACACCACAGACAUCCUCGACCCCAAAAACUUCCCAACUACAGAUAACCUUGAACUUGAAGAUUUUUGUGGGUCGGAUGAUGUUGUGGUAGGGAGGACAAAGGAUGGCGAAGCGUCAACACUGACCAGUCGAGAAGUGAAGCUGGUCAAUGGUGCCAUGCUACAGUUCUAUAUAAAUGUUGGAUGUGGUGUUUUGAGCAAUGCAUCUACACCCCCAGUCGAACUUAAAUAUUCCACAGAUCAUGGAAUGACUUGGGAUUUCCUUAAUCCUCAGUGUCUACCAAAUGACCCCCAAUGUCGCAGCGGAGCGCAGAUGCCUACCAUGUUCUAUGGAGAUCCUUCAGCACAGUGGCAGAGGGUGGUGAUCCCUCUCAACGGAUUGCCCGUUUCCAAUGGCACUCGGUUCCAGUGGGUUCAGAGACCCGAUGGCUCCCCCACCCCCUACCACUGGGGCAUCAAGGACAUCUACAUCGGACCUGCCUGCCCUGACCUUUGUAGCGGUCAUGGUCACUGUGAUUACCCACAAUGCAUCUGUGAUACGGGCUAUGGUGGAGAAGACUGCAAGACUGUGGAUAUCAAUAGACCGACGCAGCUGAAGGACACGUUUGACAAGCCGGGAGUGAACCACAGUAAGUGGACCGUGGUCCAGUCCGGGGACAUCCAAGAUGGCUGCUCUCCCCUGGUGGAGGGGACGUCCCUAGUGUUUGACGGGCCGGGAAUGAGACAGGCUGUCACUGUGGACCUGGAUCUGAGGAAUGCUAAGUUCAUGCAGUACACGGCGAUGAUCGGCGGCCAGAGUAUCCGCCCCGGGUGCUACCUGCCCAGUUCCCGUGACCAGAGCGUCCUGCUUCAGUUCUCAGUGGAUGGAGGCAUCUCCUGGACCUCACUGCACACACUGGAUUAUGCCACAUACCUCACACCACGUCAGGAUUACCUCCCCUUGCCAGAGGCCGCGAGGACAGAGAGCACGCGGUUUCGGUGGUGGCAGCCGCUGCCCUCCGACCCUCAGAUGGAGCUCCCCCUGUGGGCACUGGACAAUGUCCUGGUGGGCGGGACCGAGAUCAACCCCAGUCAGUUCCUCCACACCUUCAACCUCUCCAUGCCGCAAGAUGACUCCUCAGACUAUGAGUUCAGUCCGCACGGCAAAGUAGAGAGUGGCGUCUGCUCCAAGACCGAUGGCGCUCUGUCGUACCAGGAGGGGUCGGGAGUCCGGGCUUUUACCACCAACCAGCUCAUCGUGCAGACCGGAUACAUGCUGCAGUUCAAGAUCGUGGUCGGUUGCAACCAGCACUACAAUGUCUGCGAGGAGCACGCCCCGAUCCGCCUGGAGUACAAUAAGAAUCCCCAGUCAGGGCGCUGGCAUCUGGUGCGGCAGCUGUGUCUCCCAGACAACAACCAGAUGGAGUGUCGCCCCCAGGUCCACCACCAGGCCAGCGUCUUCACCCUGUCGGACUUCCCUGCCUGGACCAGAGUAACCAUCAGUCUCCCAGACAGGGCCUUCUCGGGCUCGACUCGAUUCCGGUGGAUUCAGUCAACACGAGACUCGGAUUCUACGGGUUGGGCACUGGACGACAUCUAUGUGGGGGAGAAGUGUCAGAACCUGUGUAGUGGGCGUGGAGACUGCCAACAUGGCCGCUGCCUCUGUGAUGAGGGAUAUCAUGGUCCGACCUGUCGGCCGAGCAGACGUGAGCUCCCCAGCCGAAUGUUUGAAUCGUUUGAAGGCGGGAUAUUCUCCGCACACUGGGCUGCAGUGACAGGAGGGGGCAUAGGGUUUGGAUGCGGGGCACUGCUGCCAUAUGCUCAUGGAAAGACGCUGUAUUUCAAUGACUGUGGCACACGACAGGCGGUGACUGCAGAGAUGGAUAUGACAUCAGCUGUGAAAAUAAUAUUUGUGAUGCAAAUAGGUUGUCAAGCUCAGACAGAGAAUUGUAACGUUCGUCUGGGCAGCGGUCCUGACUAUAGAGGGGUACUGCUGCAGUACUCCACCAACAAGGGUUCUGAUUGGAAGUUACUAGCCCGCCAUGAUCCUGAAGACUUCAUGAGGCCACGGCGUAUGGCGUAUGACGUCCCCUCCGCUGCCCGCGCCGUGGGCACUCAGUUCCGGUGGUGGCAGCCAAUACAUGAUGGAGCUGGCGCAGACCAAUGGGCAAUCGAUAAAGUAGAAAUUAUUUCUGGCCCAUCUCAUCAAGUCAGGAACAGAUGGACAAGACAGUAGUUAAAGAGAAACAUCAAACUGGAUAUCUACCAAGACCUGUUGUCACAAUAUUUGAGGAACCACAAUAUGUGCAGAAAUGUACCUAGAAACUGACACGAAGGCCCGAUCUAGGCUCCAUGGCCUCUCCCUGCAUGUGACGUGUGAAGGAUUGUGUACAUACACCGCUGUGUAGAUACAUGUAAAUAUUUCUACUGCUGACUGGACAACGCAGGCCAGCUAUUACAGGUCAUUCCUACUUAUUCUGCAACAGUGCUAUGAACUACAUUCAGAUGUACAAAAUCAGUUAUGUAAGUUUAUAUAGUCCUUGUAUACAGAUUGGCAAGAGUUUACAGGUUACCAAUUAGAAAAUUUAAAGUCCUUUAAUAUCCAGCCUCUGGUCAAUAUUGUUCAGGUACAUAGGUGGAGAAAUUUGUCUUUUCUUUCAUUACCCAACUUGUGCAAAAUAUGUUUCUUAUUAAAAAUACUUAUACCUUAUAUUUUUCAUAUUUUAACAAAAAAAUGACUGUUUUACACGUCCCCCCCGAACCUAUUUUAUUUUUGUGUGACCCCUCGCAAGUUCCUCCCAACGACCCAUCUUCAAUAGUUUAGUGACCAGUCUUUAAUUCAGUAUUCUUGUGAUGCAUGUUUUGAUUAUUACGACAAAACAAACCCUGUUGCCAAACUACGGAAGUAGAAUUGUAUAUACUAUUAGAAACAUGUUAAGUCAUUAAAUGUUCAUUCUUUUA